AUGUCCUCACUUGAUAGUCGUGCAGCCUUCAAGGCACGAGCCUUGGAGCUCAAUUUUCCAGAGGAGGCUUUAGCUAAGCUGGCGGCCGUGCAUGUGGACACCUUCGGUUCCUUAGCGUUCAUCGGCCCUUUGUCGGCCGGGAACAGCGAUGAAGGCCCUUUGGUUGCUACCCUGAAGCGUGCCUUGGGGCAGGCGCCCAGCGACCAAGUGCUAUGCAUUGCUCGAAGACUUUGGUUUGAGAGCACCACACAAGCCCUUGCUGAGAUGCGUGGGAAAGUCGAGCGGACUGACACCUCCGAGCCAGUUCGCAUGCCUCUCGCUGAGCGCACCCAACGCAUCAGUGAGUUGCAGAAACGCCUGGUGGGCAUCCAUUGGAGCGCUGACGUUGAGCCCUCGCACAAGCUCCAAGACUUGGUUGCACAAAUGGUCGCCGAUCAAUCCCUGCUCUGGCUGCCAUGGGAGCGCCUGACCAGUCGGGCUCUUGAGAUCACUACUGAGAAGGUCGACCAUUCUGUGGGGUUCGAUUCUGCUGGGAACUUGAAGUUGCUCCGCCGUUCCAGUGACCCCAGCUGCAGCACGUUAGGGGAAUACGCCAUCAAGUUGGCGCUGCAACGCCGCAGCCUUGCCUUCGAGUUGGGACGGAUUUGCCGCUAUGAGCAUUUGGAGCGCUGGCAUGAUCAGCUCUUGCAGACGCACAUGCGCUCUCAGCCACCAGGGAUGCAACGUGUCUCCCUCCAACAGCUCCGUGAGGCCGACAAAAUGCUGUGGACCCGCAUCGCUGAGGACACCAGAGGAGCUUUGUCCAUUCGACCCGAUGGCUCCUACCCUUUUGAGGCUUCGCUCGCCAAGUGGAAGGAUCACACGCAGGACCGUGAUCUUGCUCUCAAGCCUCCGACCAAUCCGCAGGCGCCCAAGACUCCUGGCGAAGGGGACAAGAAAAAGACCUGGACCGUGCCCUCCGGCUGCCACUCUCAGGACGCCGAGGGAAAGCCCUUGUGUUUCUCCUUCAACUUACGGGGUUGCACCUUCGCCAAGGCGGGAAAGAGUUCGCUCCUCAGCCGAUCUUGCAUAUCUCCAGAUGACCUUUUGCGUUUGAGCCUUGCUUUGCCGUCGGAAGUCCCCGCCCGGGGAGUUGACAUUUCCGGUAGCCGUUCUGUUAGUUUGGGUGCUUUCGCUUGCUCCAAGCUCCCGGGCUUGCUUGUUCGCGACACGAGCAAACAGCACCCCUUGUCCACUCGAGUUUUCUCCCGCUUCGUCAGAGGACUUUGCCCUGACUUCACGUGCACCACGAUUGCAGUCUUCACAAACCUCAAAACCGACCUUCACCAGGACACUGCGAAUGACCCUGCAAGCCAAAACCUUUUGUACCCCUUGACGGCCUUCUCUGAAGGAGGCGUCUGGUGUGAGGGCCCCGCCGGCAGCACCCCCUUUGUUCAUCAGGGUCAAACCUUGUGGGGCCGAGUGCUUGAAGUGUCGCAAGGGCUAUGUUUUUUGCCGGCUCCCAACAGGCGACACGCCACCCUUCCGUGGAAAGGUGACCGCGCUGUGCUUGUGUGCUACACUGCCAAAGAGACCGCCGACAUUCCCCCCGAAACCCGGUCCUUCUUGGAAGCCCUUGAUUUCCCCCUUCCGCCUGCCACUCAGAGUGUCCCUAAGACCUUACCCCUUGCCUCGCCUACCUCCCAGACCAACCCUGAUCCUUCAGGACCCCUCUUUGUUGAGCUUUUUGCAGGUUGCGCCCGCCUCUCCAGGUUUUGUCAGGCCGCAGGCUUUCGAGUCUUGCCCGUUGAUGCCCCCUGGAACCCACACAAGCCCGAGCAUCCCGUGCUUGUCUUGGACCUCACCGAACCGGCCUGUCAGCAGCAGCUCCUGGCCCGGCUUCUUGAGGAAGCUCCUUUCGCGGUCCACGUUGCUCUCCCGUGCGGCACGGGCAGUCGCGCUCGUGAGCGACCUAUCAGCAAGAAAGCUCGACUUCAAGGGGCUCCUGAGCCUCGCCCCCUCAGAGACGCCGAGCACGUUCUCGGACUGCCUGGGCUUUCAGAGAAGGAUCAGAUCCGCGUCGCCAAGUCCAAUGAACUCUGUCGCUUCGUGGUCUUCUUGUUGCAGCAACUGCCCAGCUCCUGCCAUCUGAGCAUAGAGAAUCCGGAGAACUCCUGGAUUUGGGCGGUCCUCGCCUACUUCGUUCGCAACUCCAAGUGCCCCCUCCUGCUCAAGCGCUGGUCGUCCAUGCAAGACGUGUGUUUCAGCAACUGCAUGAAGGGCGGCAGGCGACCCAAGCGCACCCGCUUUCGUUGUAGUCAUGCUUUACUUCAAAGCCUGGAAGCAGACUGCGACGGCAUGCAUGAACAUCUGCCCUACCUUGUCUACCGUUGCAACGGGUCCUGGAGUUUCUCCACUGCCCAGGAAGCCGAGUAUCCCGCGGGACUGUGCUACGAGAUGGCGUCCCUCCUUUCCGCUGCAGCGGGCCUGCCAGGCCGACUUGACCCCCCAGCAGGCCCUCGACCCUUGUGGCCACAGCAGAAGGGCACCUGCAAACUCCUCCCGGAGUUCCUCGAGUUUAGCGCAACCCCUCCUUUGGAUAGGCCCUUUAAAGAGUUCACCUCCGAUUUAGAGGGUUCUAGCGGGAGGUUUGGGGUGUAUAGAACGCCUCAGGAAUUCGUUCAAUGUGCACUGGAGCUUGACCACCCCUUCGACGUCCAGCACUGUGUUCCUGAUGCAGUGAAGAGGAACAUCUUUCGGAGACUGACGGAGGGACCUACGGCUUUCGCUUCGGAAAGGGUUCAGAUGUUUCAGAAACUGAACCAGCUGGAAAAAGAACUUCGUUAUGAAGAGGCGCGGUUGCAUUCCGUGCUGCCCGAGCAUGUUCGCGAGGUGGUCAAGGACAAGAAUUUGUUGCUUUGGGCGCAUCUUUUGGAGGAAACGUUGUUUGCCGACAAGGGCGUUUUCGAGCUGAUGAAGGGGGUGGAUCUUGUGGGCAAACCCGACAAGUCGCCGCUGUUCGACGUCAAAGAGGUCCCGGCAACUUCUGACGGAAACCUUCUUUUGGAAUCUGCCAGCUGGAGAAGGGAGCGACUCAAAGGGCGUGACCCGCACAAGGACGAUGCCGCAGCUAGGCAGAAGCUGUGGGACUGUACGAUCAAAGACAGAGACAACGGUUUCUUGAAAGGCCCCUUUGCCUCUGAGAACGAGGUCAGGGAGCACCUGGGAGUCGACGAGUUCGUGUGCUCGCGGCGUUUCCUCAUAGAGCAAGGGACCCCGGAAAGGCCGAAGGCCAGACCCAUCGACAACUACAAGGAGGGGGGCGUCAACGAGGCCUACCACUGCUUGGAGAAGCUUGCCCUCUUUGAUGUCAACUGGAUGACAGCCAUCAGCACGUACAUAGCUAGAGUUUCUGAUCCUUCAUCGCCUUUGGAAGUGGAGCUCAGCUGUGGUGAGGUGCUCAGGGGCGAAAUUCAUCCACAAUGGAAGUCUCGGCCACCUAGAUGGCUGGGACGCACGCUGGACCUUGAAAAAGCUUACCGACAAGUUCCACUGUCGUGUGAUUCACUGAAGUUUGGCGUUGUCAUGGUCACGGAACCUUCGACAGGACAACACCGCUACUUCGUGGCGCAGAGCCUCCCCUUCGGGGCUACUUCGUCGGUAUUCGCUUUUAACAGGCUGUCGAGAUCGAUUUUGCACCUGAGCUGGCAUCUUCUCGGUCUGGUUUCUGGAUGCUUCUACGACGACUUUCCUCUUCUGGAGGUAGACACUUCGGCAAAACUUUCUUCAGAGUCAUUUGAGCAUAUGCUUCGGAAGCUUGGGUGGAAGUACUCAACUGAGCCUGAGAAGUCGCUGCCCUUCGAAGAGACCUUCGACCUUCUGGGGAUUAGGCUGAAUGCUGGCGGCAUCGCUGAUGGCGUGGUCUCCUUGCACAACAAGCCUAGCAGGUUGGACAGGAUGAAAGACGCACUUCUCAGGAUGAGCUUGAGUGGCAAAUGGGACAUUCACUCCAUCCAAUCGCUGCAAGGGCAAGUCAACUUCGCUGUCGGAUUCGCUUCGGGAAGAGGUCUGAAGUUGCUACAAAGGGCUUUGGGAAGUUUUCUUCGCGAUCCUGGGAUGCGGACCGUUUCUGACUUGCGCUCGCUCUGCAGUUUUGGGGUGGAUCUCAUAGACGCCUGUACGCCUAGAAUCUUUGCCUGCACCGUGAGUCCCGUGGUGAUCUUUACUGACGCUGCCUAUGAACAUGGGAUCGCAUCUUAUGGCGUGGUGGUAAUUGAUCGCUUCACCGACACAAGGUUGGUCGCUGGAGGGAGGAUUCCGGAUUCGCUGGUUAGGUUCUGGCGGCUGGAUAGCCCUGAACAGGUGAUCGGGCAGGCCGAGGCGUUCGCUGUGGUUGCAGCCCGACAAUCCUUCUCUCGCCUGCUCACGGGAAGGAGGGCCAUCUAUUUCGUGGACAACGAAGGAGCGAGAGAAGUUCUGAUUAAAGGGGGAAGCAGAUCCCGAACGAUGCUGCUACUGGCUUCGAUCUUCUUCGAGCUCGAGAAUGAAGAUCAGGGAGUCACUUGGCUGGAGCGUGUGCCUUCUCAGAGUAACAUUGCAGAUCCUCCGAGUCGUGGUUUGGUUACGGAGACAGCAGCCCUGAUCAAAGGUCGUGAGACUGCGCUUAGUAUCGAGAGUCUGUGCGCGAAGUGCAUGGCUACUGUACAGAUACCCUGGGAACUCCUCAAAUAG